GAAAAAUGCCUGGCAAUUCUUUCGCACACAAACUACCCGUUGCAACAUAUUCUUGCUGAUUUUCAUCUGAAUCAAUCAAAUGUGCCUUUUCUCGAGACAGUGUUCAACUUUGCCACUAUAUCAUCUGAUGUCAGCCAAUUUGAUGUUGACGGAGUGACUUUGAAACAAAUGCCAUUAGAAGCAUGGUCUGAAACAGCUAAAUUCGACUUUAUGCUUGUGUUUACCUAUCGUGCGACAUUGAAUAACAAUGGAUUUUCAUGUCGCUUAGUUUCCUCACGAGAUUUAUUUGAUGACACUACUGUUACUAGCAUAGCCCGACUGUUUCAAUGCAUGGGACGGCAGUUACUUAGUGAAGGUUGGAAUAUGGAAAUGAGAAGUGAAAUUCCAAUGUCGAGAUGGUCACUAUCAGGUGCUAUGCUGAGAGAACUUAAUAAAAUGGAAGAAGUUGUCUUAUGUAGACCCUCAAAUAUUGUCAACGAAGCACCAGCAUCAUUUGCACAAACUCGAAUUCUACUCGAUCAACAAAAUCUUUCUCAUGCCGGUCAAUCGCUCAUCGCAACUCACAAUAUACCUUUCAUGUAUCGCCCUUCUUCAGAAUGUGCUGCUAUAUCCACUGAAAAACUCUGUCAAGCUAUUCAGUUGAUUCUCUUCAAACACGAAUCACUUCGCACCUCACUGAUCUUCAACGAAGAAACCAACGAGUUCAUACAAACAAUUGUUGAUUUCAAAGACAAUCCCAGAGAGCUGUUUGCAUUCGUUGAAAGUACUUUCGAAACGGAUGAACAACUGAACAGCAUGAUAGAUGAUGAGAAAUACAAUUCUCGGCUCUUCGAUCUCUCACAAGGUCUUGUAUUUCGAUGUCACAUUAUGUAUUUCAAAGGAAUGUCUUCGAAUGGUCUUCUCCGUGAAAACGACAGAAUUCUUCUGAAUUUCCAUCGUGCUGUAUUCGAUCAUUCGUCGAUGAACGUCUUUCUUCAAGAUCUCAAUGAGGCUUACUCAAGCGGUCGACUAGCCACUGACGAAAAUGCGUCUCUCCGUUAUAUAGAUUACUCAAUCGCCGAACAAAAAAUGCCAAUGGCUGCUGCCAAGAUGUUUUGGAUGGAUGCUCUUCAUGACUGUAAACUUGAUCAGUCAUUAUCGUUGCCAUAUGAUCGAUAUCGUCUUGCCAAUGAACAUCGAACUGGCCGUGGAACAUCUGUUUCAUUAGAUUUUGGACAAGAUCUUUCGCAAGCAUUUCUGACUUUCGCAUCAUUCAAUAACGUUAACUGUCAACAUCUAGCACUAACUAUCUACUAUGUCUUCUUGUUCAAGUUAACAAACGGAGAGAGAGAUCUAUGUGUUGGAAUGAAUGUCGAGAAUCGAUAUCGGGACGAGCUCAAAACAUUGAUUGGCUCGUUCGAAAACACGAUUCCGGUUCGGUGUCAGUUCGAUCCUUGCUGGUCUUUGUAUCAACUGACCACUAACGUUCAUGAAAUGCUCACAGAUAGUUUCGAAUAUUCAUAUUUUCCUCUACAACGCAUUCUUGCUCAACAUGCCGAUGUUUCCAAAGCUGCAUUUCUCGAUGUAUCGUUCGAAUUCAUGUCGACGAAUAGCAAUGAGCAGCAUGAAAUCGAGAUUGGCGAUGGUCGAUUGUCUCUCGUGCCCAUCUCCAUCAAGAUCACUGAAGAUGAGGUCAUGAGCAAGUUUGAUUUCAUCGUUAGUGUUCAACAUGAUCUGCACACGAAUCAACUAUCACUCGUCCUCAAUGCAUCUCUUGACUUAUUCAAUGUGAAUAACGUUGAGAAUAUGGCACAACAAUUUCACUCGAUGCUAGAACAUAUAUUUGGACAGAGUGGUAACGAUCAACUGAGCGAGCCCAUUUAUGGGUUGUCAUUGACAUUACCGGACGAAAAGCUGCUCAUGAAAUCGAUGAACAAUACACAAGUGUCCUUUUCGUUGCUCAGUUGUAUUCACCACGAGUUUGCUUUUCAAGCAAUGAAACACCCACAGAAGUUAGCUGUUGAACUCGACGAUCAAUCACUCACAUAUUCUGAACUGUUAUAUUACACUCAAGUGUUGUCGCUGAAUCUAGUGAACAAGCACAAGAUCGUUCCAGGCGAAAUUAUUUGUCAAUGUGUCGAGAGAAGUUUAUCAAUGGUGAUUGGUAUGAUGGCCAUUGUAAUGGCGGGUGGUGUUUACUGUCCAUUAUUCCCUCGAGAUCCUCAACAGCGUUUACAUGCACUUUUGCAACAAACUCAAAGUCGCCUUGUUCUUGUUCAUUACUUGACGAAAGAUAAAUUUCAAAACGACAUUAUUUUGUGUAACAUCGACACAGUUUUAUGUAACGGUGAUGUGGAAAAUGUGCAGAGCAUCAAUACAUUGUCGAGUAUCAUUUUGACACCCGAUAACAUUGCUUACAUAAUCUUCACAAGUGGCUCAACAGGAUUACCGAAAGCGGCUCAAUUCGUACAUCGAAAUAUCACUUAUUGCAUACACGCUAUGGUUUGCGUCGAUGCGCUGAAUUCAAACGACACAUUUGGACAAAUUGCACGAUGUACUUUCGAUGUUCACGCGCAAGAUAUAAUAGGUGCAUUGAUAGUUGGCGGAACUUUGAUUAUGAUCCGUCCUGAUGGAAUUUUAGACCUGGACUAUCUUGCGUCAGUAUUUAAGACGAAGCAGAUAAGCUAUAUACAAGCGGUGCCAAGUCUGCUUCGAACAUUUUUCACGUUUCUUAUAGAAACCUCAAAAUACAAUUAUGCAACAUAUUUGAGAUCGCUUUGUACUAGUGUGAACAAGCACAAGAUCGUUCCAGGCGAAAUUAUUUGUCAAUGUGUCGAGAGAAGUUUAUCAAUGAUGAUUGGUAUGGUGGCAACUGAAAUGAUUGGCGGCGCUUAUUGUUCAUUAUCACCGCGAGACCCAAAAGCGCGUCUUCAGGACAUUAUCAAGCGAACUAACAGUCGUGUGAUUCUUACUCAUAGUCUUACUAAGAAUUAUUUUAAUGAUUCUGAUGAAACAAUAGAUAUUGAUGUUGAAAUGGACACUCAAUGUAAAAUAGACCACAACGAUUUAGAAAUGCUUUCAGAUGUACCCGUUACACUGGAGCAUGUUUCUUAUAUUGUUUUUACCAGUGGUUCAACGGGCGUUCCGAAAGGAGUCCAAGUGCGACAUCGUAAUUUCACGCAAUGCAUACGUUCUCAUGUAUACAUGGGUGUGCUAAACAGUCGCGACAAUAUAGGACAAAUAGCAGCCUGCACAUUUGAUCCACAUAUUGAAGAGAUUCUGGGAGCAUUGAUGAUUGGCUCCUCUGUGAUUAUGCUACAUUUGGAUGGUCAUAUGGAUAUGGCUUACUUGCUGCAAACUAUAAGAGACAAACAGAUCUCAUACGCUCUUGCUGUACCAAGCCUCCUUGAUAGCUUGUGCGCUUAUGUCCGUCAAAAUAAAGUUCCUCCCCUGACAACCAUACACACACUUUGUUCUACCGGUGAAGCUCUUUCGAAAAAUUCAGUUCAAUUAUUCUCUGAUAUUAUUACGGAAAACUGCUGCAUCUGGAAUUGUUAUGGACCUUCUGAAACCACAUUAGGUGCUACGUGUCAAAAAAUAGAUAUACGCUCAAAUACCAUCAAUGUUCCAAUAGGCAGACCGUUCAUGAACUAUCAGUGUGUAAUCAGAAAUCGGUUUGAACAAUCUGUUAUUAUAGACGAAGAAGGCGAAUUGUUGGUAGGAGGAGUUGGUGUUUUUGCAGGCUAUCUUACACGUGAUGACUUAACUGCUAAAGCAUUGGUACAAAUUGACAACGAGUUGUUUUAUCGAACAGGUGAUCUUGUUCGAAUGGAUAAAAAUGGUCUUCUUCAUUAUAAGGGUCGAAAAGAUCACCAAAUCAAACUACAUGGACAGCGUAUUGAAUUGGGAGAAAUCGAACAAUGUUUGCUCCAAUCAUCCGUUUCCGCUUGUGUUGUUGUGAAAUGGAACGAUGAUCAUCUGGUGGCCUAUGUUCAAAGUUCUAAUGUUGAUGAAAAACAACUACGUGAACAUUGUCAAUCUCACCUACCACCUCACAUGAUUCCGUCGAAGUUUAUUGUGCUUGAAAAGCUGCCUUUGAACUCCAAUGGAAAGAUCGAUCGAAAGCAACUUCCAUCACCUGACUUCUCCAAUGUUUCAUCCACGACUCUUGAAACCACUGCUCGAUUAUUGGUACCAAGAAACGAAAUCGAAACCACUAUUCAUCACAUUUGGUGCGAUAUUUUGCACCAAACCCAAAUUUCCAUCGACACAAAUAUCUUUUCCAUUGGUGGUCAUUCACUACUUAUCAUGCAACUCUUUCAUCGAUAUAAGAUCGAAUUUCAUACGGAAGGCAAUGCAUAUUCCAUCAGUGAUCUCUUCCAGCAUCCAACAAUUCUCGGUCAUGCUCAACUGAUUCGCAAAGCCAUUGACAUUACACAUAACAUUGACAAUGGCACUUGGUCUCCAUUACAUCUUGUCGAAGCUCGCGCGUCGUUUGCACAAGAACGAAUCUUCCUAGAUGAACAAAUUCGGUUCUCGACCAAAAAUGACUAUACUAUGUAUGUGAUUCCGAUGCUCUAUCGUAUAUCAUCUUCCACUAAUCCUCUGUCGGUUUCUCGCUUAUGCCGUGCAUUCCACUCUGUUCUCAUCAAACACAAUGUUCUUCGCACAGCACUUUACGUUAAUGCAGAUGGCAUUGUUGUGCAACGCUGUUUAGAUACGAAUAUAAUUACUGAUGACACGAAACCAUUUGGAUUCUCGGUGAUAAAUGUGGAAAAUAACAAUGGCGACGAUGAUCUUGCAGUUGCAAAAACAAUGAAUGAAAUCUUGAACGAUGCAAACUUAUUCGAUUUGUCGAAAGGUCGUGUCAUCCAAUGUCAUGUUUUUCGUCGAUGUCGCGACGAAAACGAGGACUUCUCAUCUCGAAAUGAUGAUCUGUUGAUUGAAAACGACUCUAUUCUGUUUAACAUUCAUCACUCAGUAUUCGAUGGAGCUUCGUUUUCUACUUUUCUUACUGAUUUGUCAGUUGCAUACGGAAGUGAUGAUUUGCUGUCCGCUGAUCAUGAUGAGACGAUACAAUACAUGGAUUAUUCUGUUUAUGAGCGUCAAAUGGAUAUGUCGUUAUCGCGAGACUUCUGGCAAUCACAGUUUCAAGGAUACAACUUACAGAGCCCAUUAUUGUUGCCAAUCGAUCGACAACGUGCAGUUACCGACCAGCGAUCGGGCUUGGCUUCUAUAGUCGAAAUCACUUUUGACAACGAUGUUGCGACAUCAUUUCUAAACUAUGCUUCUUCACAUCACGUCACACCAUUCCAGUUGGGAUUAGCCAUCUUUUAUGCAUUUCUAUUCAAACUAACUCAUGGACAAAAUGAUCUAUGCAUUGCAUCACUCAAUGCAAAUCGAUACAGAAAUGAGUUACAAAAUGUGAUAGGAAUGUUCGUCUCAACAUUACCGUAUCGGAUUGAGUUGGAUCGUUGUUGGACAUUUGAUGAACUCGUGAAACAUGUCCAAGAAAAAUGCCUGGCAAUUCUUUCGCACACAAACUACCCGUUGCAACAUAUUCUUGCUGAUUUUCAUCUGAAUCAAUCAAAUGUGCCUUUUCUUGAAACAGUGUUUGACUUUGUAACGGCUUCCUCGGGUGUCGAUCAAUUGUCGUUAGGCGGUAAAUCUUUGAGCAUAGUACCAUUGCAGCGGUCAUUCGAAGUGGCCAAAUUUGAUUUUUUGUUUGCAUUUAUUUACGACCCGACAAUGAAUAAUGGUAGAUUGUCAUCUAAAUUUAUGUGCUCUCAUGAUUCGUUCGAUAAGACGACUGUUGGAAACUUAGCUCAAAGAUUCGAAUAUAUUAUGUGUCAACUUUUCUUUUCAAAUUGCAGCAUUUUUCAGAAUCACCAGGCGAAUACACCUAUCAACAAACUAUCUAUUAUUUUACCAGAAGAAGUGGAAGAAAUACAAAAAGUAGUUUUUCACCGAUUACCAAGUAUCACCAAUGAAGGUAUGUAUAUUUGA